CUGGACAACCCGGACGAGCAAGCAGCACAGAUCAGACGCGAGUUAGAUGGACGUCUUCAAAUGGCAGAGCAAAUUGCCAAGGAGCGCAAGUUUCCGAAAUUUGUGUCCAAAGAAAUGGAAAACAUGUACAUCGAGGAGCUGAAGUCGUCUGUCAAUCUCCUGAUGGCAAACUUAGAGAGCAUGCCUGUGUCUAAAGGAGGCUCUGAGUUCAAGCUGCAGAAGCUGAAACGCAGCCACAACACCUCAAUAAUUGACAUGGGAGAAGAGAACGAGAACCAGCUCUCCAAGUCGGACGUCGUGUUGUCGUUCUCCCUGGAGGUCGUCAUCAUGGAGGUGCAGGGUCUGAAGUCGCUGGCCCCCAACCGUAUCGUCUACUGCACCAUGGAGGUCGAGGGUGGGGAGAAGCUGCAGACUGACCAGGCUGAAGCCUCAAAGCCAACCUGGGGCACCCAAGGAGACUUCACGACGACACACGCGCUCCCUGCGGUGAAGGUGAAGCUGUUCACGGAGAGCACAGGGGUGCUGGCUCUGGAGGACAAAGAGCUUGGGAGGGUUGUUCUCCACCCUACUCCCAAUAGCCCAAAGCAAUCAGAGUGGCACAAAAUGACUGUUUCCAAAAACUGCCCGGAUCAAGACCUGAAGAUCAAGCUUGCCGUGCGAAUGGAUAAGCCUCAAAACAUGAAGCACUCUGGAUAUUUAUGGGCCAUUGGUAAAAAUGUUUGGAAGAGAUGGAAGAAGCGAUUCUUUGUCCUGGUCCAGGUUAGUCAAUAUACGUUUGCUAUGUGCAGCUACCGGGAGAAAAAAGCUGAACCUCAGGAGCUGCUGCAGCUUGACGGAUACACUGUGGACUACACCGACCCGCAGCCAGGUUUGGAGGGCGGCAGAGCAUUCUUCAACGCUGUGAAGGAAGGAGACACGGUGAUUUUUGCAAGUGACGAUGAGCAGGACCGUAUCCUGUGGGUCCAAGCCAUGUACCGAGCCACCGGCCAGUCUCACAAACCUGUGCCGCCCACCCAAGUGCAAAAGCUAAAUGCUAAAGGAGGAAAUGUACCCCAGCUAGACGCCCCAAUCUCUCAAUUUUAUGCAGAUAGAGCUCAAAAGCAUGGCAUGGAUGAAUUUAUCUCUUCCAAUCCCUGUAACUUUGACCACGCUUCACUCUUUGAGAUGGUUCAGCGCCUCACUUUGGACCACAGACUUAAUGAUUCCUAUUCUUGUCUGGGCUGGUUUAGUCCUGGCCAGGUCUUUGUGCUAGAUGAGUAUUGUGCACGUAAUGGAGUGAGAGGCUGUCACAGACAUCUCUGCUACCUCAGAGAUUUGCUAGAGCGCGCAGAAAACGGAGCUAUGAUUGACCCCACCUUACUUCACUACAGCUUUGCCUUUUGUGCAUCACAUGUUCAUGGCAACAGGCCUGACGGGAUAGGAACUGUGACCGUAGACGAGAAAGAGCGUUUCGAAGAGAUCAAGGAGCGGCUUCGUUUGCUUCUGGAGAAUCAGAUCACGCAUUUUAGGUACUGCUUUCCAUUUGGCCGUCCGGAAGGUGCACUGAAAGCUACUCUGUCGCUGCUGGAAAGGGUUCUGAUGAAAGACAUAGUUACUCCGGUCCCUCAAGAGGAGGUAAAAACAGUCAUCCGUAAAUGCUUGGAGCAAGCAGCUCUAGUCAAUUAUACUCGACUAUCAGAGUAUGCCAAAAUUGAAGAGAAUCAAAAGGACGCAGAAAAUGUAGGCCGGUUAGUCACACCAGCUAAAAAGUUAGAAGACACAAUACGUCUGGCAGAAUUGGUAAUUGAAGUCCUACAGCAAAACGAAGAACACCAUGCGGAGGGGAAAGAGGCCUUUGCUUGGUGGUCAGACUUAAUGGUUGAGCACGCGGAGACCUUCCUGUCACUGUUUGCAGUGGAUAUGGAUGCUGCGUUAGAGGUGCAACCCCCAGACACCUGGGACAGCUUUCCGCUCUUUCAGCUCCUAAACGAUUCCCUCCGUAGUGACUAUAAUUUGUGCAAUGGAAAAUUCCACAAACACCUCCAAGACCUGUUUGCUCCACUUGUUGUUAGAUAUGUCGAUCUGAUGGAGUCCUCAAUUGCACAGUCAAUUCACAGGGGCUUUGAGCGGGAGUCAUGGGAGCCAGUAAAGAGUUUAACAAGUAAUCUGCCCAAUGUGAAUCUACCAAAUGUGAAUCUCCCUAAAGUACCAAAUCUACCAGUUAACAUCCCACUAGGCAUCCCACAAAUGCCUAGCUUUUCUGCACCGUCAUGGAUGGCUGCUAUUUAUGAUUCUGACAAUGGAUCAGGCACCUCGGAAGAUCUGUUCUGGAAACUUGAUGCCCUACAGACCUUCAUUCGGGAUUUGCACUGGCCUGAGGAGGAGUUUGGAAAACACUUGGAGCAACGCUUGAAGCUUAUGGCGAGUGACAUGAUCGAGUCCUGCGUGAAGAGAACCAGGAUUGCAUUUGAAGUAAAGCUGCAGAAAACGAGCCGAUCAACAGAUUUCCGAGUCCCUCAAUCAAUAUGCACCAUGUUUAAUGUCAUGGUGGAUGCCAAAGCUCAGUCAACAAAGCUUUGCAGUAUGGAAAUGGGCCAAGAGCACCAGUACCAUUCAAAAAUAGAUGAAUUAAUUGAGGAAACCGUCAAAGAAAUGAUAACACUCCUAGUGGCAAAGUUUGUCACCAUUUUGGAAGGAGUCCUGGCCAAACUGUCUAGAUACGAUGAAGGAACUUUGUUUUCUUCUUUCCUGUCAUUUACUGUGAAGGCUGCUUCCAAAUACGUGGAUGUACCCAAGCCGGGGAUGGAUGUUGCUGAUGCCUAUGUGACAUUUGUCCGCCACUCUCAGGAUGUCCUGCGUGAUAAGGUCAAUGAGGAGAUGUAUAUAGAAAGGUUAUUUGAUCAAUGGUACACCAGCUCGAUGAACAUCGUCUGCACCUGGCUGACAGACCGCAUGGACCUGCAGCUUCACAUUUAUCAGCUGAAAACCCUCAUUAGGAUAGUAAAGAAAACGUACCGGGAUUUCCGAUUGCAAGGUGUGCUGGACUCCACCCUGAACAGCAAAACCUACGAGACCAUCCGGAACCGGCUGACGGUAGAGGAGGCGACGGCGUCGGUCAGCGAAGGUGGCGGGCUGCAGGGGAUCACCAUGAAGGACAGCGAUGAGGAGGACGAAGAGGACGACUAGGGAAGCGGGCCUGGAGAACCGGCCGGGGGGUCGCCUGGUAUCCGUGCAUGUACCUCGUCUGUAACUCAGUUAUAGCCACAUUAGGAAUUUUUAUGUCAGCUCUAAACGCCCAUGAGAAGUUUACCGAUACAAAUGCCAUGUUAGCUGUGUGGUAAUAAGGUUAGCACCUCUCGGAUUCAUCGGUUUCUUCAUUUCAUCUCUCUAUGUUCAUAAGCAAUAUGGAGCACCGUUGUUUAAUACUGUUAAUGGAAACGAAUCUACAUAGAAAACAUGCUAGGUGUGUCCCUGUUAUAAUUAAACAAUGCUUCAUUAAUGUACUGUAUAUACAUUGAUGGUAAAUUGUUGUGAAGAUGAGUGAAUCGAGUCCUUUCAUUUCUUUGUUUCUCUUCCGUGGAUGCCAACUGCUUCAAAUUAAUAAAAAAAACAGCUUUGUUUUUAAAAGAAGAACAAGGCAAUUACAAAUGAUUUUUUUUUUAUUUGUUCUCUCUGUUCAUUUAAAAUCCAGAAAACAAACAAACCCAGACAGCCGUUUGAAUCACUCUGCAUCCUUGUUCCUGUACCAGGCUCUUCCCUUCAGUGUGCAGUUAACUCCAUAGAGGCUACAUCCCAAAGGAUUAGUCACUCUAAUUGCCACACCAGAUUAAUCCUAUCAUUAUGGAUAUAUCAUGCCACAUUACACGUCCAGAGCAGUUGUUUUAUGUUGACGUUUGCUCCUCUAAAUGUUACCGUUUUGUUUAAACUUCAAAUAACCGUGUAUGUACAAAGGCGACUUUAAUUACGAUCCUAGACUAUACAAAUGUGUUUAUAAUAAUAUAUUGACUAUUUAUUUCCGUAGAUUGUAACCAUAAUUUACAAUUCCUCUGUUUCACUAUGGUUUUUAUAUAUGUCAUGUACAUUGCAUUUGGACCAGUAACUGCAUGUCCAUCAGUCCCCCCUCCAGAGCUUUUACUUUCUGUGUAAAAUAGUGAUCCAUCUUGCUUUUUUUGCCUUAUACAAGCCGACAGUUGUAAAAGUGUGAGAACUGUGGCUUCUCAAUAAAUAACUAUUCAGAUGUCCUAAGAAUAAACGAUGGAGUCUUUUUAUGUCUGCCUUAGAAAAAAAUAAUUACAAGCUGAGAUGUAAGAGCCCCCACCUCUCGGAAUAAAGGCGUUUUCUUUUCUCA